UUUGCGGUUGUUGCAGCACGCUUCCAACAUGGCUGCGCCCGCACAGAACAGAGAUGCUUCUGUUACAGUCACUUCUGGUCAGUCAGAAAGUGUUUCUCCUGCGGAAAAUGUUUCACUGCAGUAUAGUCUUCUUUUGGAGCACCUCAUCGGUGACAGAAGACCGAUUAAAGACUUGAACCCGACCGUGAUGGGCGCUAUGCCGAGUCCGCACAAAACGAACGAGCAAAAGAUGAUCGAGAGGGGCAUGGAGAGCUGCGCUUUCAAAUCACUGAUCGCGUGUGUCGGAGGCUUCGUGUUGGGAGGUGCUUUCGGGGUCUUCACAGCCGGUAUCGACUCCAACGUUGGAUUUGAUCCUAAAGACCCUUUGAGAACCCCCACAGCAAGGGAAGUGCUGAAAGACAUGGGACAGAGAGGAAUGUCAUACGCUAAAAAUUUUGCCAUUGUGGGUGCUAUGUUUUCAUGCAGUGAGUGUAUAAUUGAAUCACAUCGUGGGAAAUCUGAUUGGAAAAAUGCAGUCUAUAGUGGCUGUGUAACAGGAGGCGCCAUUGGUUUUAGAGCUGGUCUCAAGGCUGGAGUUCUGGGCUGUGGAGGCUUCGCCGCCUUCUCAGCGGCUAUCGAGUACUACCUCAGAUGAACAUCAGUGUCGGGACUCUUAUACCGUAUACUGUGUUGUUCCACACGAUGUGAUGGAACACACAGAGAACACUUUCAGAGCAAUCUUCCGUCUCACUGAUCCCAGUUCCCAUUCCCCCAGAAGAGGAUUAUAAUGCUCUGUUGUCUGAGUGGACCAAUGCCAUGACGAACCCAAGCUGUACAUUGUUUUAAUGGAAGAUGUGCGGACGUUCUUAUCUUAAAUGCAUCUGUCUGUUGGCUUAAAAACAAACCUUCUGAUGGUGUACGUCACCCUUGAGAAUAUUUAAAUAUUUUGAUUGAAUGUUCAAUGAAGUAUCAGUUUCCUGCAAACUGUUUCUUGGCCAAUGACCCCUGACAUGUUUUGUGUGUGUGAAUGGCUGUUUCUGUCCAUUAAAGUUUAUCCAAACAGU